AUGGCUCGGUCUCGAAAGAAAAGAAAAGCUUCAGCGCAGGACGUCCCACAUGGAGACCCAGAAGAAAGUACUCCUGAGACUCAUCAAGGAAUAGUAGAGCCAUCUGCACCUACUCACCGUAUGGGCCACGAGAGUUCCAAAUUGAAGGCUUCGAAAUCUAUAACUGCUCUAGGUUUGAGCUCAGACGACAAGUUGGUUGCCAUCGCACUUGAGAAACGCAUAAGCAUCUAUAAGCGAGUGGGUAGCACUUUCAAAUUCAUUGAUGAAUCAGGAGAAGAGCCAAUCAACAUCUUGCAACUUUCCUUUGCACCAAAUGCGACAACAAACAAGAUCAAAGUUUGGUAUCUCAAUAGCGAAGGGAAAAUACUGGAUCCCUCGGGCGUUCAGAAAGUCGACAUGUUGCAGCUUUCGACCGAAGCAGCUGAAGGAAUAACUACGAAGCUUGUCCGUACCCAUGGGUGGCGACAAAAUGAGGAAGCGAUUUUGCCAAUACAACAGGCAAUCAAGGACACAUUGAGCAAAGCAUUGGAUACCCAUAUGAGCGAGUAUCAAACCAAGCUGGAAGGAAAUACUGCACUCUUCAGUCCGGACGGGAAAUUCAUGAUAUGUUUCACCCAGGACGAAGCUUUCAGGACCAAAGAACCUUGGCAUCUCCAGGAAAUCAUAGUCUGGAAUAUCGAAGCCAGGCGGCCUCGACACAACUUAACUAGCAAUUCGGGUACAUUCCUGUGGGUGAGCAUUAGUCCAGACUCAAAAUUGAUUGCAGCCAUUCAAAGGGACAACACGGUUCUAUUUUGGUCGGCCGACAGUGGCAAUCUCAAAAGCUUCCCUUGCCUUACUCACACUGCUGGCGCAUGGAGUGGGAGAUUCUCCCCGGAUUCUAAACAGAUCGCCUUGGUCCUGGACGGCACUGGACCAUCGAAGAUAAGAAUCUUUAACAUAGCCACUACAGCCAUGAUAUUCGAGUGGGAGUGUCCUGCAUUUUCAAUCGAAUCUAUGGAUUGGAGUCCUAAUGGCAAACUCCUGGCUACCGCAGGCCACUCUGGUGAGUUUAUCCUCUGGGAUGUUACAAACGGGCUGGAAAGGAUGAAAUGGCUUCCGUAUCAACGUGGGGUGGAAGAUGAUCCGGAUUCCUACUUGACUUCCGACAUACAGUUUUUCGAUGGUGGAAAGAAGCUCGUCUAUAACUGGAGUGGUGUGGCCACUAUGGUCUAUGAUUUCGUGUCCCUUGCUAUGCAUGAGUUUCCCCCGGGUGCGGCGGGUGUUAGAGGACGAGUUUGCUCCAGCAAUUCUGAGUUCCUACUCAUCGCUCAUAAUGAUUCGACAUUGAGGCAGUGGAAGCUGGGUUAG